AUUAUUAUAGUCAUGACUAAUGUACAUAAUAAACAAAUAACUAACAACUUACCUGAAGCUAACUACUUAUCUGAAGCUAACAAUUUACCUGAAGCCAACUACUUACCUGAAGCUAAUAUCAUAUAUGAAUCCACAGAUGAUGAUGAUAUUGAUUUAGAGUACUUUUUUCAAAAGGCAUAUUAUGGCGGUAUGGAUAUUGAAACUUUUCAUAAAAAUAUUGAAGUGGUUAUCAUUAAGAAAGAACAAUCAUUUAAUAGCUUUGAACAAGCUGAAAGUCAUAUAAAAAAA